AUUCAAACGGGGCUCCGAGGGUUCGCGGAGAUUAGCGCUGUCGCUGCCGCCGCCGCCUCUGUGUGGGGGCCAUGGAGCACCGCAUCGUGGGGCCCGGGCCGUACCGGGCCACCAGGCUGUGGAAUGAAACAGUCGAGCUUUUUCGUGCUAGGAUGCCAUUACGGAAGCAUCGCUGUCGUUUCAAAAGUUAUGAGCAUUGCUUCACAGCUGCCGAAGCUGUGGAUUGGCUACAUGAGCUGCUGAGGUGCAGUCAGAACUUUGGCCCUGAAGUGACCCGCAAACAAACGGUGCAGUUGCUAAGAAAGUUCCUGAAGAAUCAUGUUAUUGAAGACAUCAAGGGAAAAUGGGGUCAGGAAGAUUUUGAAGACAACGGUCACUUGUACAGAUUCCCUCCUUCCUCACCCCUGAAACCAUAUCCAAAGAGGCCCCCAUACCAAAAGGGUGUUAUUAAAUUUCCAGAGUGGAAUGACCCCCCAUCAGGCACUUCACAAGAGAACAUCCCAGUGAGGCCAGUUGUGAUGAAUUCUGAGAUGUGGUACAAGCGUCACAGUAUUGCUAUCGGAGAGGUGCCGGCUUGCCGUCUUGUCUACCGCAGACAGCUGACAGAGGCCAAUGUAGAAGAGAUAUGGAAGUCUAUGACAUUAUCAUAUUUACAGAAAAUCCUUGGCCUAGAUUCCUUAGAAGAAGUAUUAGACAUUAAACUCGUCAAGCCCAAGUUCAUCAUACAUAAUGUAUAUAGUGUGAGCAAGCAGGGAGUUGUUAUCCUUGAUGACAAGUCAAAAGAACUUCCUCAUUGGGUACUGUCAGCAAUGAAGUGUUUGGCAAAUUGGCCUAAUUGUUCGGAUUUGAAGCAGCCUAUGUACUUAGGAUUUGAAAAAGAUGUCUUUAAAACCAUAGCAGAUUACUAUGGUCACUUGAAAGAGCCUCUGCUUACAUUUCAUCUUUUUGAUGCCUUUGUCAGUGCUCUAGGUUUGUUACAGAAAGAGAAAAUGGCCAUUGAAGCAUUUCAGAUUUGCUGCCUCCUCCUGCCACCUGAAAACAGGAGAAAGUUACAGCUGUUGAUGAGGAUGAUGACAAGGAUCUGCUCAAAUAAGGAGAUGCCACCACUUUGCGAUGGCCUUGGGACCCGAACACUGAUGAUUCAGACAUUUUCCCAUUGCAUCUUGUGCUCCAGGGAUGAAGUGGACUUGGAUGAUUUAUUAGCUGCUAGGUUGGUGACGUUUCUAAUGGACAAUUACCAAGAGAUUCUGAAAGUCCCUUUGUCCUUGCAGACCUCCAUUGAGGAGCGUGUGGCUCACCUACGAAGAGUGCAGAUAAAAUACCCAGGCGCUGACAUGGAUAUCACUCUAUCUGCUCCAUCGUUUUGUCGCCAAAUUAGUCCAGAGGAAUUUGAAUACCAGAGAGCAUAUGGCUCUCAGGAACCUCUGGCAGCUCUGUUGGAGGAAGUCAUAACAGAUGCCAAGCUCUCCAGGAAAGAGAAGAAGAAAAAGCUGAAGCAGUUUCAAAAAUCCUAUCCUGAUGUCUACCAAGAACGAUUUCCCACUCCAGAAAGUGAAGCACUCCUGUUUCCUGAAAAACCAAAACCAAAACCACAGCUGCUAAUGUGGGCACUAAGAAAUCCUUUCCAACCAUUUCAAAGAACUAGAAGUUUUCGGAUGUAAUACUUCACAGCCGGUGGAGAGCUCUGAUGUUGUUUUGAGUAGAAGAGUGGUUAGAGAGUAUGGUGGUGGAAGAAAGAAGAGCAGAAAAUACAGACUACUGAAAUAUAAAUAUGAUCUGACUUAAAAAAUGUCGAGCCAUUAUCAGUAUUUUUCUAAAACUCAGUGCUAUUUUUAAAGUGUACAAAUCAGUUAAACAUUUUGAAAUAAAUAUAUAGUCAUAAUGUUAACAUGUUUAUAAUUAUUAGAAAAUUUAAGGGUAUUUUUAUUUGUUGUUUUCAUGGUGUUUAUGAAAUAAUUGUGUGUACAUCCUAGUUACUGAUGUCUCUGCUAUAACCAAGUCUUAGGAAUAGUGUAUGUACUUGAAUAAGAGACACUGGGUACCGUGACUGUGAUGCUAUUGACUUAAUAGUCAGUUAUGAUAUAUCCUGUGUAAAUUCUGUUUUUCAUUGUUGCAUAAAGAUUCUUAAAUGUCCUGUGUUAUCAUGUCUGUGUCUUUUAUUGCAGGUUUGUUGGAUGCUAUUACAGAUUUUACUGAAGCUGGUUCUGUUAUAAGAUAUAUACUUGUUGAUGUUUACCUAUAAGCGGAACAGUUUUUCUUCUGACUGCGGUGGUGUAAUUUCAGUCUUGACUAGAGAUGGAAAACUGAACAGGAUACAAUCUUUUAUUCCCUUUACACAUGUGAUUCUAAGUCAAAUCUUUGUUGUUUCAUGAAAACCACAAAUGGGUUAAGCAAAAUGAGACUACCUUUAUAAAUAUAUUUCCCCCAACUUCCUCAUUCUUUUGAAAGUAAAUAGGAUCUAAAUAAAUACUGUUGUUUUGUAUAAAAAUA